AGAAAAAUAGCUGAGAUUAUCGACUAUUUUUAGAAGUGUAUCUGCAAAGCGCGUUCCUUGUAAAAAGUCAACGUAACAUCGACGUUUCUGAUUAUUUUCUAGUUUUUUCUGGAAACUGAAAAUCCCUUGUCAAGGAUUUCUUCUUCCUCCAAGAAGAAAUUUGGAAUCAAGCCGUCGAGAUAAAAGAAAUGGAUACGUUUAACGAAACCUUCUGGACCGAUUUAUCAACGCAUGGAUAUAGCAUUACUGAAGACGGGACCAAGAUCUGCGAACAAGAACCCGCUAUUGUCAGCUCUUUUGGCGUGUGGGACAAGCUGCUAUUUGGGCGUCUCGGGAUUUCGAUAUGGGACUACAAUCUUCCCCUUCUCGAGAUCGUAAUCGUCCUUGUACUCUGCUUAUGGCAGUUUUUCUAUGUCUUGUUUAAGAAGAUACGUCUUCCGGUUCCAAAGAUCACCUCCAUGAUGAUUGCCGGGGCAGCCUUGAGCCAGACGAGUCUUUUGCCGAAUGAUUGGUUGGUCCAACGCAUUUUUUUCCCGGAUGAUCUUAGGCCAAAACUCCCUGAGACGCUCGGUGGGUUUGCCUUUGUAUUGUAUUGGUUCCUCGAAGGUGUUAAAAUGGAUGUUGGGAUGGUUAAGAGGUCCGGUUCGAAAGCGGUUACAACCGGAGUCGUCACCGUUCUUUUCCCCAUCUUCACGGCUAACAUCGUGUUCGGGUCGCUGAGAGAAACCGGGGGCAAACACUUGACAGGAGUUGAGUACAGAACAAUCAUUUUCAUGCAGAGCAUCUCGGCCUUCACGGGUAUCUCAAGGCUUGUUAGGGAUCUAAAGAUCGACCACUCAGAGUUCGGUAGAAUCGCGCUUUCGGCGGCUAUGGUGGCCGAUGCAACCGGCUUUGGUGUUAAUAUAUUUGCCCUAGUGGCCUGGUCGGACUGGAGGGUUUCGGUGGUGCAAGGCGUAGGACUAGUCGUAUAUGUCAUUGUGGUGGUUUGGAUAGUGAGACCGGUGAUGUUUUGGGUGAUCAGACGGACACCGGAAGAGAGACCGGUGAAGGAGUGCGUUAUCUACUGCAUCAUCAUUUUUUCUUUCUUUUCUUACGAAUAUUUGAAGAUGCUUCACCUGUUUCCGGCGGUUGGACCUUUCUUCUUGGGUUUGUGUAUCCCUCACGGCCCCCCUUUAGGGUCUGCGUUGGUGGAAAAGUUUGAAAGCUUUAACACUGGAAUCCUUUUGCCACUUUUCUUGUUCUUCCCGAUGAUGCAAAUCGAUGGACCUUGGUUACUUAAUGAGAUCCGUCAGCUACGGCAUUACGAUGGUCAGUUGUACGAAGCCUUGACCAUCAUCGUCGUCGUCUCCACCGCCAAGAUUUUCUUUACAACUAUUCCUCCAUUGCUAGCCAAAAUGCCUCUAACCGACUCUUUCGUUAUGUCACUUAUUCUCAGCAACAAAGGAUUCGUUGAGAUGUGUUAUUUUAUGUAUGCCGUUGAAAGGAAAACUCUUCAUGUGAAGUCCUUCACAACAAUGGCUGUGAUGAUUCUACUGAGCUCUACGAUAUUACCAGUGGCGAUACAUUACCUAUAUGAUGCGUCCAAACGGUUCAUUUGUUUCCAGAAGAGGAAUCUAAUGAGCUUGAAGCUUGGAUCAGAGCUUAAGUUCCUAGUGUGCAUUCACAAAGCAGACCACAUCGCAGGGAUGAUCAACCUUCUAGGACAAUCUUUCCCUCUACAAGAUUUCGCGCUCGGUUGCUACGUGCUUCAUCUCGUGGAGCUUGUUGGUUUAGACAAUCCGCUUUUCAUCUCCCACCAAAUGCAAAAGGCUGAACCGGGAAGCCGGUCUUAUUCAACCAACGUUCUCAUUGCUUUUGAUAGCUUCAAACAUUACUGGAAAUCUAUAACGCUGGAAUUGUUCACAUCCAUAUCAAACCGAAAGUACAUGCACCAAGAGAUUUACUCGCUCGCUCUCGACAAACAAGUUUCUUUUAUCAUGCUUCCUUUCCACAGAAUAUGGUCACUCGACCAGACAACGGUGGUCUCAGACGAUAUAAUACGUAGACAAGUUAACAUCAAUGUCUUGAGACAAGCACCUUGCUCCGUGGGGAUCUUUAUCCAACGCCAAAACAUGGUAUCUACGCAAAAGAGCAAUCCCACUUUUAAGGUAUGCGCUAUAUUUGUGGGCGGGAAAGACGACAGAGAAGCCUUGGCACUGGGGAAACAAAUGAUGAGGAACCAGAAAGUGAGUCUGACGCUGUUGAAGCUAGUCCCAGGGUCAAUGGCCGGUAUGAGCACAGGGUGGGAUCAGAUGCUGGACACGGCAGAGAUUAAGGAAACAAUGAGGAACAACGACACAAAUUUGGGAGGACAACAUGAUCUUGUUGAAUAUGUGGAGGAGACAGUUAACGAUGGCUCCGACACAUCAAAAAUCCUUCUCUCAGUCGCUAAGGCUUUUGAUUUAUUCGUGGUGGGGAGGACCACCGGAAUGGGGACUGAUGUGACGAGAGCACUUAGCGAUUGGGCGGAGUUUGAUGAGUUAGGUGUGAUCGGAGAUUUGUUGGCGUCGCCGGAUUUUCCCAAUAAAGGAUCGGUGUUGGUGGUGCAACAACAACAGAAUGUAGCUUGUAGAUAAUAUUAUAACAUUGAUUUUUCAUUCUUUAUUCACUUAUAAGAAGAUACCCAAAAUAGAAAUACACUUCUCUCACAUGACACAUAAUUGUAGCCCCAAAAAACUAAG